CCUCACCUCAGCUCCCAUUAUAAAUUCCCCGCCCAAGCUCGGAGCUCACAGACUCGGCCACCGGUCACUGGACAGCACAGCAGAUUGCUAGCUAGCUAGAUAGCGCCCGACUCUCUCAAAAUAUCCAAGCUCCAAAGCCCAAAGCAUCUCGAUCGGAGCAUAUCAAAUUCUGAAGCAACACACACGAUCAAGAAGGUACCCACAAGCUAGUGUUCUCGUGUCUGCUUGAAGAUGAACCUCGUGGACGAAGACAUGCUGCUGUUCCCUUCCUUCUCCUUCCCGGAUCAGAGUUCCCCGGCCGACGCCGCCACACCAUGCUCCGGUGAGUUUGGUGGUGAGCAGAAGAAGGCCGGCCGGCAGCGGCGGAGGCGGAAGGCGAGGCAGUCGGCGUCGGCAGGCGAUGGCGACGACGCGGCGGCGAAGAAGCGGAAGCUGAGCGACGAGCAGGCGCAGUUCCUGGAGAUGAGCUUCAGGAAGGAACGGAAGCUGGAGACGCCGCGCAAGCUGAAGCUCGCCGCGGAGCUUGGCCUCGACACAAAGCAGGUGGCCGUGUGGUUCCAGAACCGCCGCGCCCGCUACAAGAGCAAGCUCAUCGAGGAGGAGUUCUCCAAGCUGCGCGCCGCCCACGACUCCGUCGUCGUCCACAACUGCCACCUCGAGGCCGAGCUGUUGAGGCUCCAGGCGAGGCUGGCGGAGGCGGAGGAGGAGAAGAGCAAGCUCAUUGCUGCGGCGGCGACAAGUGGGUGCGGCGGCGGUAUGAGCAGCCCGAGCUCGUCGUCGCUCUCGACGGUGACACACACCCCGGCGGCGGUGGUGGUGGGGCAGUUCGGGAUGGAGGAGGUGGAAGCCGACCUGACAUACAUGAGCGAGUACGACUACAACAGCUACAUGAUGGACUUGGCGGCCGGCGGCUACUUCGGAGGAGUCUACGACCAAUUCUGCAGCUGAUUUAACUUGGAUCGAGGGAUAGCACGCCAACAGUUCUAGUUUCAUUACUAUGAUGAUCAAUGUUAAUUAUUUAAUCAACGGUAAACUGCAGGGUAAUAACGUAUGCAAGUA